AUGGCCGCCGGUAGAGAAACCAAGAGAUCCGCCACAGUUUCCCGCUGCAUCUCACAUUCGCAACCCAACAAAUCCCCGGCACGGAGGUUCGUCGGAGUACGGCAGCGUCCGUCCGGCCGGUGGGUGGCGGAAAUAAAAGACUCUUCUCAGAGAGUCCGCCUUUGGUUGGGCACUUACGACACGCCGGAGGAAGCCGCCAGAGCCUACGACGAGGCUGCCAUUGCUCUUCGCGGCGAAAACGCAAGGACCAAUUUCGUGUCUCCGGCAGCCGGUUGGUCACCGGAUUCGAAAGUUUCGAACAUCGGCGUGUUGAAAGCGAAAUUGAGCAAGAACCUGCAGAGUAUUAUAGCACGAACGAGCGAACAGAGCAAAUCGUUGAAGAACAGAGUGAGCGAUCGGUUCACUUUUGGGAAUAUUUUCAACUUCAGAAGCUAUCAAUCGGCAACAAUGGCGGAUUUGACGACCAUUGAUAAAGCGGCUGUACAGCCGAGCAUAAUUGUACCCCAUGUAGAAACCGAUCAAUCCGGUUCGUGGGAUAGCAGCGAUGGCGACGGAUUCCGGCCACUGGGUUUCUGUUCCGAUGGGUCGGAGGUGGCCGGAGAUUGGUGGGUGGAUCGAAUAUUGGAAGAUGAUGAUUAUAACGAAGGUUUGAUGAGUAAGAGAUUUAGGGUUUCUUCUUCGGUGGUUGUUCCUCCAACUUUUAGUGGCUCUCCUACCUAUGGUGAAUGUUAG